AUGCCCGGUGCAGCGCUGUUUCUACUCCCCUCCAUUGUCUGGUGGUUGGCGCAAAGUGCUUUAGCUCUAUGUCCGCCUCAAUGCGAAUGCAAAUGGAAGAGCGGGAAGGAAUCUGUGAUAUGCCUCAACGCCAACCUCUCCGUGAUUCCUCUGCAGUUGGACGCAGGUACUCAAGUGCUAGACCUCACCGGAAAUGGACUCGUGUCAUUGAGGCACGAAGAGUUCAGCAAGGCGGGCUUGGUCAACUUGCAGAAGGUCUAUCUGGCUAAGUGUAGACUAAAGAACAUCGAGAGGUACUCAUUUAAGCACCUAAUCAACCUGGUAGAGUUGGAUCUUAGCAUCAAUCAACUCAGCAAUAUUCCCUCGCACACUUUCGAUUCAAUCACCGAGCUAAGGGAACUUAGACUGAAUGGUAAUCCCAUCACGAAGAUCUUCAAUGAUGCCUUUUUGCACCUCACGCAACUAACCAGGUAA